CGUACAGUAAUAGCUGUCAUUCAGAGAGGGAUGCUGAACUAAACACAAUUAUUAAACUGUAUUAACCACGAAAAAUGGCGGAGAAACCUGAUGAAGAAGUGGUGUCGACACAGCAGCGUCUGCAAUCAUCUCAUGAUCCAGGAUGGAACGAUCCUCCAAAAUGGGCAUUUACUCCUACACCAAUCACAAGUGGAACUCCAACAAGGAGAUUGUUAAACAAAAGAGUGGCUUUUCCAUUGGCUUCAACUCCAUUUCCAGAGAAUCCAACUGCUCUAGGUCAAUCGUUACCACCGAGUAGUUUCCCACCACCUCCAUCGCAAUUGCCAAAUCGAACAACUGCACCACAUGCUCCUCUAUUGGCUCCUACAGUAGCAGUAAACGCUCUUGAAAUUACUCCUUUGAUUGGCGAUAAAGAGGAUGGGUUAAAUAAAACUUUAGGAAAUAUUCAAUCUGUGAUAAAUAGUCAGUUGGAUGACACUAGAACCGAGGAGGUGCAGAAGAGAAUGGAGAUGAUGAAGAAUAUGUGGAUUUCGGGAAAACUCAAUGAUGAGAUUCAGGGGAAGGUGUUAAAAAUUUCUGAAGCUUUGAGAGACAGGGAUAUCGACACGGCAGAUAAACUUCAUGUAUCACUGAUGAUAGAGCACAACACCUUGUGCAACAAUUGGAUAUCUGGUAUCAGACAUCUGAUUCUCGAGCUCAGGUCAAAGGCCACUGAGUCUGAAGGCAUAGCUGACAUCAACUCUCAACCCGUCUUCCUGUUGAAUCCAACGGAAUCAAAGUAAUCUUAAUGUCUAUAAGUUUUAAGUUUAAUAAAGCGCUUUGAAAGAAUA